CUCGCCGUCUCUUCCCUCCGUGCUCGGUGCUCCCAUCAUCCUCAGCCCUCAAGGGGUCCAGUGGAUAAUUCGCCGGCAAGGGGCGAGUAGUCUAUCCUGCUCUCCGCUCGGAGGAGGCGUCACCGGAGGCGACGCCCGCAUCCCCCGGUUGCGCCGCCAUCAGGAAACGACCUGGACGCCGGCAAGCGCUACAGGUAGUUAAGGGGAACGUAGCAGUGGACUUAUUUUGAGCAGUAUGUUUGUAUAUUGGUUGCGCUCAUAGUACUAGCAGUCCCACGCCAAACAAUCUAUUGCUGGUACCUUAAGGUUUUGUUGGGGAUGGAUGGCAGUAGCUCCAACAAGAGAACGGUUGAAGCUCUGCCAGAGGUAGAGCGGAGCACCAAGAGGCUUAAUGUCAGCAUUGGAGUGGAGACCCUUGAUUGCCCCAUCUGCUUUGAGCCCUUAAGGCCCCCGAUAUUCCAGUGCUCUAUCGGUCAUUGCAUAUGCUCGUCUUGCCGUGGCAAGCAGACCAACAAGAAGUGUCACUUAUGCUCUGUCGAAACUUCCUUCAAGCGAUGCUUUGGGAUGGAACAUGUUGUCCAGUCAGUCAUAGUUCCUUGCUACAAUGCCGAGUACGGAUGCACCGAGAAGGUGACCUACUACCAGAAAGAAGAACACGAGAAGGCAUGCCAGAAUGCCCCAUGCUUCUGCCCAGAGUCUGGUUGUGGCUUCGAUGGACCAAUACAGGUGCUCCUGGACCAUUUCACCACCGAGCACAAGUGUCCAUUGACAGUCGUCCCAGACUCUGCCAGAACAUCUCUCCGUUUACAACUGGGCUUAAAUGUUCUGCAAUUCACCGAGACCAGCUACUUUUUCUUGCUCAGCAUGGCAUUAGAGCCUUUUGGACAUGCCAUCUCAGUCGUCUGCGUCCAACCAAAUGUUAUAGAACCCAAAUUCUCAUGUACUAUGGACUACAACUGCAUGACAACCGGCUAUUGUGAAAGUACAAGUUGCCACAUCAGAAGCUCUUCGCUCUCUGAUGGGCUACCGACAGAGUAUGAUUUGAUAAUUCCCAAGGGAAAGAUUUCUGAUGAUCGAGAAGGCAUCAUGCUCACAACCACCAUUCAUCAACCUUUGAGACUCAGCAGAUCCCGUCUUCGAGGAAAGGAUGCGACUCCUGCUCUUGAGACUGAUGAUGAGGAUAAUGUACCUUUACCUUUAAGUGUGAACAGAUCCCAUCUCCAAGGAAAUGGCCCAGAAUCUAAUCUUCCACAAUGGUUCUCUUCUGACGACGACGAUGAUGAUGAUAUAUAACUUGGUGGACUGGUUGUGUCCGUGCAUGCUAAAGGCUUAGCAUGGGCUGGCCGUUGUUAUACCUGGCUUUCAUCAUUUUGGUUCCAAGAUAUAUAUGUCAACAGUCUGUAUGAUCACAAGCUCCUUCAACACAUUAGGCGAGCAGUGUGUGGUUGUCGAGUUUGACUGCAUGGAUCUGAUUGCAGCUUUGAGCUUUGGGUCUGAUGAUGCUGCCAGCGUCAUAAUUUAUGAGGAAGUCAGCCUCCUGGUGAUGCAUCUUCCAAGGGUAACCUUUUGGAUGAUGUAAUAACAGUCACAUUGAAGGUACCCUGAGUUAGAAGGAAAAGCAUCACGGUUGUUUCGGCAAUGCAGCUACUAGCAAAUAGGAUGUGUUCAUGUUAGUAUUUUUCUCUGCAUCACAU